AUGUCUUCAUCAAACCAGACAGCAAAGCGCAGGCUUCAUGCUACAGCUUCGCAACUCCAGCAGGCGCAAGCCUAUGCUGAAGGUGUAUCCACUGCUGACUACCCUAUGAACCACGAAGCUAUCGAGAACCCUCCAGACACAGCAAACUUCCUCAACAACGAGUUCGUCCCUUCGCAAACUUCACAAUGGAUUGACCUCAACGAUCCCGCAACGAACAACCUAGUUACACGCGUCCCACAGUCGACCGAACAAGAGCUCAAAGCCGCUGUCGAUUCUGCACAAAAAGCCUUCCCAGCAUGGAGAGCCACCAGUAUAAUGCACAAGCAGCAAAUCAUGUUCAAAUUGGCCUCGCUAGUACGGGAGAACAUGGACAGACUGGCAGCAAGCAUUACUCUCGAGCAAGGCAAGACCUUUGCUGAUGCAAAGGGUGAUGUUUUGCGUGGACUGCAGGUCGUCGAAACUGCCUGUGGUAUCACUACACAGCUCACUGGUGAAGUCAUCGAGGUCGCUAAAGAUAUGGAGACACGCUCCUACCGUGAACCUCUCGGUGUUGUGGCUGCUAUCUGUCCUUUCAACUUCCCUGCUAUGAUUCCGCUCUGGUCCGUCCCUCUUGCCACAGUCACUGGUAACUGCCUGAUCCUCAAGCCUUCGGAACGAGAUCCUGGUGCUGCAAUGAUCAUUGCCGAACUCUGCAAAAAGGCUGGCUUCCCAGAUGGUGUCGUCAAUAUUGUCCACGGCUCCGCAAAGACUGUCGAUUUCAUCAUCGACGACCCCGCUAUCAAAGCUAUCUCUUUCGUCGGCUCAAAUAAGGCAGGCGAGUAUAUCUUCACCAGAGGCAGUGCUCAAGGCAAGCGUGUUCAAGCCAAUCUUGGUGCUAAGAACCAUGCUAUCGUCCUAGAAGACUGCAACAAGAACCACGCCCUGAACUCGAUCGCAGGCGCUGCUUUUGGUGCUGCUGGUCAGCGAUGUAUGGCUCUCAGCACUCUCGUUCUGGUUGGCGAGACACAAAACUGGGUAGAGGAGCUGGCAGAAAGAGCUAAGGCACUCAAGAUCAAUGGUGGCUUUGAGCCUGAUGCAGAUCUCGGUCCACUGAUCAGCCCAGAAAGCAAGAAGCGAGUAGAAAGUCUCAUUGCUUCUGCAGAGGAAGAGGGUGCAACUAUUCUGCUUGACGGCAGAGGACAAGCACCAGAGAAAUAUCCCAACGGCAACUGGGUCGGUCCAACCAUCAUCACCAACGUCAAACCACACAUGAAAUGCUACACAGAAGAAAUCUUCGGCCCAGUCCUCGUCUGCCUCAACGUCGCCACAAUCGACGAAGCCAUCGACCUCGUCAACGCCAACGAAUACGGAAACGGCGCUGCAGUAUUCACCCGAUCCGGCUCAACAGCAACCCGGUUCCAGAAAGAGAUGGAAGCUGGCCAGUUAGGUAUCAACGUUCCUAUCCCAGUCCCACUACCAAUGUUCAGCUUUACCGGUAAUAAGAAAUCAGUCGCUGGAACUGGUGCAUCAAACUUUUAUGGAAAGGACGGUUUGAGGUUUUAUACCCAAUGGAAGACGGUGACGAGCUUGUGGAGAGCAGAAGAUGCGACAGGUACUAAGAGCAGUGUGAAUAUGCCGAGGUUGGAGUAG